AUGCCUAAGUCCAAACGCGACAAGAAGGUCUCCUUAACGAAGGGCCUAGAACUCAAACAGAAGCUGAUAGAAGAGCUUCGAAAAUGCGUGGACAUGUACAAGUACCUUUUCAUCUUCUCUGUGGAAAACAUGAGGAACAGCAAGUUGAAGGAUAUCAGGAGUGCCUGGAAACACAGCCGGAUUUUCUUUGGAAAGAACAAGGUUAUGAUGGUGGCUUUGGGCCGAGGUGCCGCUGAGGAGUACAAGGACAACCUGCACCAGGUCAGCAAGAAGCUGAGGGGUGAGGUGGGUCUCUUGUUCACCGACAGAACGAAGAAGGAAGUGAAUGAGUGGUUCAGUAAGUAUACAGAAAUGGAUUAUGCCCGGGCUGGGAACAAAGCGACCUUCACCGUCAGCCUGGAUGCGGGUCCCCUGGAUCAGUUCCCCUAUUCGAUGGAGCCUCAGCUGAGGCAGCUCGGCCUGCCCACUGCCCUCAAGAAAGGUGUGGUGACCCUGACCUCCGACUACCAAGUGUGUAACGAGGGUGACGUGCUGACCCCUGAGCAGGCCCGAGUCCUGAAGCUGUUUGGGGUCGAGAUGGCAGAGUUCAAAGUUACCAUCAAGUACCUGUGGCAGGCUGAGUCCGGGAAGUUCGAGCAUGUUGGGGAGAGCGCAGAGAAGGAUGAACCUGGUGACAGCUCCUCCAAGGAAUCGGAGGACUCGGAGGAGGACGACUAA